CGGGGAUCUUCCGUCGAGCCCAUCGCCCAGCGCGACUGCUUAUUAAACAUCAGUCAUGCUCGAUUCAAGUUCAGGUGGGUGCAACCCGUUGCUGACCCAUGUAGGCCCACAUUCGACGCGAAGGCUUCGAGUAUAAGAGCAGGCCUCAAUUUUACCCCUAUUUCGCAGUCCAGUAUGUCGGGCAACCUUGCGCUCGCAGGAAAGGUCGCAAUCAUCACCGGCUCCUCAAGGGGGAUAGGAGAAGGCAUUGCCUACGAGUUGGCAAGGCAAGGCGCUAAGGUCAUGAUCACUUACACGUCCGUAUCGAGCCAGGACCGCGCCGACGCUCUCGUUGCACGCAUCGCGUCCCUCGACAACGGGUCCGACGCAGCCUCCGUGCGCGCAGACCUUCGAUUCCCGGAUUCGCCAGCCAUCAUCGUUGAUGCCACCCUCAAAGCCUUCUCGACCGACGCGAUCGACGUCUUAGUCAACAACGCCGGCGUCGAGCAGAACCGCCUCCUCACGGACGUCUCAGCGGAAGAUUUCAACCGUGUCUUUGACGUCAACGUCCGCGGCGCGAUGCUCAUGACACGGGCGGUUAUUCCCCACCUCCGCGCCCCUGGCCGGAUCGUGAACAUCUCAUCGCUCGGUGCGCGUCGAGGCUUCUCGGGCUACACUGUCUACUGCGCGAGCAAGGCGGCGCUGGAGGGCUUCACGCGCGCCCUUGCGGUCGAGCUUGGUACCGCUGGUCACUCCGUGAACGCGGUUGCGCCUGGUCCGACGGAGAGCGAUAUGUUGUUCACACUGUCGGAGGAGAUCUUGGAGACGCAAAAGAAGCGUACGCCGAUGCAGAACCGCAUAGGCACCAAGGACGAUAUCGCUCAGGUCGUCGCCUGGCUCGCGUCGGAGAGUUCAAGAUGGGUGACAGGGCAAACAAUUUCGGCGACUGGGGGUAUCGAGACGCUGUAGCAGUAUAAUGACCGAAUUUCGAUAGGUUAGAUACCACGCGCGCACUAGAUGGAUCCAUGUUUCCUACGUGCUUACAUAUAAGACUAAAG